CACUGCAAUACUUAGUGUAGAUAAAAGUACACGGAUGCUGUUCUCCUUUGCAUGUCGGCACUUUGUGUUAAACUGUCCCCUGUCUAUCAUGAGUUUUGUGUAGAUAUUUCUAUUCUGCAUCACAUACUGGCUUUCUGAAUGGAUUCCGACGAAGAGAAACCUUCUUUUCGUCCAUCGUACGGAGUCCUCGAGCAAGCGUCCUGUCGACAAAUCCUGCUGUCCGAGGCGUUCUGUCGACAUUUUAAGGGAUAUAAAAACAUAUUCUGCAAGCACUGGUAUUCAAACACCAGUCCCAGGGCCGUGAUCUUUAUCUGCCAUGGAAUAGGGGAUCAUUGUCUCUGGUAUGAAGGCCUAGCUGAAGCGCUGGUUCAAAUUGGAUUCUAUGUCUUCACACAUGAUCAUGUAGGACAAGGUCGGAGCGAGGGGGCCCACAAUCACGUGGACAGUUUUGAUGAAUAUACAUCAGUUAUAUUCCAGCAUUGUACAGAAGUGAAGGAGAAAUACCCAGCUCUUCCCUUUUUUAUGCUUGGAAAUUCUGUGGGAGGUACCAUUGCUCUACUUGCCGCUAUCCAGAAGCCAUGUCUUGUCCAGGGUUUGAUCAUCUGUGCCCCGGUUCUUAUGCCCGCUGACGGACCGCCAUCGUUCACUCGUGAGGUGGUGACACGAUUGUUCCUUGGAACGUUUUUCCCGCACUUAAAACUUUUUGACAUCGAACCUUGGAGAAUAACUCGGGACUGCAAUAUGAAGAUGUUUCUGAGAGAUACCAUACAUUUUAAACAUGCAUUCAAAAACAUAAGUGCUCAACUUUUCCAUAAGCCAGACUUGCAUUAUUCUUCACAGAUACGGAAAUAUGCCGAGGAUUCUAUGAUACACCAUUACGUGAAAGCAAAAUGGUGUGUUGCUUGGAUGAAUGCUGUAAUGAGACUAGAAGAUCGUAUGAAGUCGAUUGGUUGUCCUCUGUUUAUUCUCCAUGGUGAUGCCGAUCCCAUCAGUGACGUCAAAUCAUCUCAUGUCAUAUAUGACGAAGUGCAAAGUCUAGACAAAGAGAUUAAAAUAUAUCCCGGUUUUUAUCAUUUCUUGCUUCUGGAACAAGAGGAAAACAGAGAGCAAGUGUUCGAUGACAUCAUUGACUGGCUUAAAAGGAGAAUUCAAAACAAUUCUGACAUUUAAAAUAUACCUUAUGUAAAAAUACAUGUAAUUAUAUGUUUUUCAAACGUGGAGAUAUUGUAAUAAAUAACAUAUUAAAAAUUCAGUUGAUUGAUAAUUGCA